UUUCUUGUUUCUAAGUUUUCCAAGGCCAUGGCUUCUGGAGCAGGCAAAUCAGCAGCAUUUAUCCUCCUAACUCUCAAUCUCAUGCUGUAUUUCAUCGUCACAAUAAUAGCUGCAUGGGCUAUAAACCAUGGGAUUGAAAGAGCGCGAGAAACAGCUGAAUGUUAUCCACUUGGUUGUGCAGCAUCAACUUUGUCGAUCCCAGCUCGGAUAUUUCCCAUAUAUUUUCCAUUUGGUAACAUGGCAACUGGUUUUUUCAUCAUCUUCUCACUCAUAGCUGGUGUUGUGGGCUUCAUCACCUCAGUUACUGGAAUCACCAAUAUAAUCCAGUCGAAUCUCUCCAACUUACAUGCAGCUGCUGCCUCUUCCCUCAUUACUUGGUCACUCACACUACUUGCCAUGGGAUUGGCAUGCAAGGAGAUUGAGAUAGGCUGGACAGAUUCAAACUUGAGGAGUCUAGAGACCUUGAUGAUAAUUCUGAGCGGGACACAGUUAUUUUGCAUGGGAACUAUCCAUGUUGGCGUUGAAGAUGUCAUUUCGAGGCAAAGGAUCAGAGGAGGAAGAGUUUGAUGAGCGCCAUUCAUAAUCUCCAUCAUCUGAUGUAUACCAAUAUAACAAGCAAAUCUUAUAUCCAUCACACCCAGAGAACUGCAUUUGUGAUUUUACUCCUGUUUUUGUGUGUGUGUGUGUUAUACGUUUGAAGAGACUUGUAAAGGCAGGUUGAAAUUAAAAUGUAUUGUGGAAACUAUGAUGUUCUAGUUUGUGAAUUUACAAUGGAGAGAGUAGGGUUUUCAAUGUUGAAG